AUGGCGGUCGUUUUGGACGAAGAAGUCUUCCACCCUCUAAAUCUUUUGCUUAAGGUAAGAAAAAUGAUCAGACGAUGGAAUCAUUUAUGAAAGCAAAAAGAACAUAAGAAUAUGCAGAUUCUAAGUGAGAUUUCAAAAUACAUACAUACAUACAUGUGUAUAAUCGUUUAGUUUGAAACGCAGGUUGGUAAAAACCUGUCAAUCUUCAGAGUCAAAGUGAGUAUAAUACCAUCAACUGACGUGAUACAACUCACUUUGACUCUGAAGAUGACUACCACACAGGUUGUCGAAACGUCAGAGUCACUGUCAACAACAACAGUCCUAUUCAGGACUGACGUUCACCCGGACGAUCAAACUCAACCUACUUUUGAAAUGACUCCUGGGUUCAAACCUUUCACAGUCAUACAUACAUGUGUAUAACUUUAUUUGUAAACGCAGGUUGGUAAAAGUCAACCAGAGGCUGAUGUGGACCUGCCAUCUAAAAUGAAAUUCCUGUUAAUUUUGCAAAAAUAAUUGCUAAAAUCGUAGUAGUGAUAUCACUUGCAAGUACCCUGCAAGCAGAGGCCCUUCGAUCUUCCUUGAUAAUUCGGAAAUCUUCCUGACUUAUUUAGGAAGAUCGAAGGGUCUCUGCACACAAGGUAACUUGCAAGGACACUUCUCUAUCAUUGGCGGUGUUCUUCGUCAGUCAGCCUUUGUGGAGACGGAAGGACAAACCAUUCUGCAGUAAUUAUAAUUCAAGCCCUUCUUUCUGACAGAAUUUUGAUAGGGAACCAGGGAUUCACAUGUUUGACAAGUUUGAAAUAAUUACCUUGAGAUAAAUUUUGAUUUAGCCAAGGCUAAAAGCGAAGCUCCUGUUAAUAAAUGUAUAUAAUUUCAUCAAACAAUGAACUUGUAACCAUGGAUGCAAAGAAAUCCACUUGGUUUUGAGCCCAUGAUCAGUUGAAAACUAGUAAUUUUGGCAGCAGAGAACUUUGAUGGGUCAACACCUGAGCCCCCAAUAUGGUCUUGUGAUACUGGUCAGUGGAUACCCUUUUAUGGCAGCUGUCAAUUGACCACAACAUUCACCACAAAAUGCACCUUGUUUGUCCCCUCCCCCCCAAGUUUGCAUAAGCAUUGUUUUCUAUUUCUCUUGGGACGGCUGUAAUACCUACAACAAAUGAAAAACAAAGCCUAUGCAAAAUUUUGGGGGGCAAACAAGGUGUAUUAUGGGAGAUGUGCAAAUAGCGAAUGGAUGUGCGAUAUAAGAUUGCAGGCUCCCACCCUAGCUUAAAAGUGUGAGACCACAGUGGUUGCCCUGUGGUGUGGACGGACGAAUGGACACACAGUCAGUUACAAAAAUUUCUUGGACUGGUAGAUAAGCAAAUUUUCUUUAGCUAUGGGGUUCGGCUCAGCGGCGGUUCGUGCAUGCGUGGAGCUCCACUAUAAUCUGUGGAAGUACAAAAGUUAAACAGCAUUAAUUUUGUUGUCACUUUACACUAGGCCCAGUCAAAAGAUGUUGUUCGAACCCUCUUUCACGAGGCAUUUAGGUACAGAAAUGAUGAAGGUUAGUAAUGUUAUGUCUUUAUUUAUUUAAUGUCCCAAAGAUAAGCAAGUCAAUAAGCUUUUUACACGGGAACCUUAGAGCCAUUCACCACCCCAUGGAGUGUGGGGGAUAAUACUUUUGCCCUGUUCACACCUGAGCCUUUUACUUGAAAGAGGGUUUACUUAACCCUUUAAGUCCCGAUGUGACCAACAUCAAGUUGCUCCUAACAAUGUCCAUACAUUGUCAAGAGAUUAGGUUAUGAGAAUUGUUGAAAUGAUCACCAAAGUGAGAAUGCAUUGAUCUUUUAUGAAAUUCUCUCAACAUAUUCUUUCAAGAAAUGUAUUGAGGUCAGUUUGGAGAAUUUGUAUGUGGAUAUUGGGGCUUAAAGGGUUAAUAACACUGAAUGGAGAAUUUUAAUCAAAUUACUAUUUGAUACAAGUCAGGUUUAAUGACUUGGGACAAGUCAUCCCUUCAGAUGGAUUUGAAGGGAUCCCUUCAUUUGUCUGAUAUGUAGGUCACCCUUACAUGAUUAUCUUUUUCUUUUUUUAUCCCAGUGCCAAUAUCUGUACUUCAGAAUGUUACAAAAUCUCUCGAUGUGAGCCUUAAUGAAGCACGGCAGGUAAAGGAAAGAAAUAAAUAGCUUCAACCUUUCCAUUCCUUCACCGUGCAUAUCAUGCAGAGGUUAUAAUCACUCCAAGUAUUAAUGUGUUGACAAAAUCCUGUGGUGUUACCAUUUAAAUGAAUGAAUCAAUGAGCAAAUGAAUGAAUAAAUGAAAUAAAUAAAAGGUCUUCGACACUACUUUUACACAAUGCUAUUCAUUUUUUAGGUUUUAACAAAAAGAAAUUUAAAUAUUUUGCAUUUUUUUUUCCAAAUUGAUCUUAGAAUGUGGCAUCUUGCUUUUUAUCUGACUUUGCUAUCAUCAUUUAUGAAGCAAUAAUAUCCUUUCCCUUUUUAACUUUUCAGCUGUUAGAGAGUCUAAUUUCUGUGAUUUGCGCUGCUUUGUUUGAAUGUCUCUUGGACCCUAAAUCAGUCUAUGAACUGUUUCCAGGUAUGAUAUGUUGAGUGUGUUUUUCAUUACCCAAACCUUGAUAAUAGUGUCCCCACGUGGACAACAGUAUAAACCCUUACACGUAACUGGUUACAACUCUAAGAUCUCAGAUCAACAACUGUUGUCAUUGCAUCUAUUAAUAAUCAGUAUGGUUCUCACCAAUCAGGGGAAUGAAAAACAAGACAUUUUAUGUUGUUAAGAGGGUUGUAGUUAUUCAGCGUGAGCGUGUGAAAAAAUUUCAUUGUCAGAGGAUAACUUGGGACUCUGUUCUUGACUAUUUCUUCUGCUAAUUGAUAGAGAACUUUCACAAGAAUCUGAGAGAGCUGAUUUCAAAGAUCAUCGCUGAAUCUAUGUAAGUGAAUUAAUAAUUUACUCUGCAUUUACUUUGAACAACAAAGAUUGCUCACAAUGAUAGACAUAUAUCUCUUUUUUCAUCACCGUCAGCGUCUGGUUAGGUUUCUGUGUGAGUGUUAUGAAAAGUGGAGAAGCUUGACUUUUUUUUUUUGUGGUGGUGAUUUGUUUAGAUCAUCUGAAAACUUGACUUUCAGCCUAGGUUACAAGUGCUUUCAGUUAUCAGAUCUGGUUUCUAAAGUCAGAGUAAAAGUAACUGCAAUCAUUGUUUCAGGCCAGUAUGGAGAACAAAUGCAACGAAUGAACAAGGUGAGUUAUGUGUUUGAAGAAGGCGUGACAUUUGGUUUCUUUGAUCAAGACUGUACUAACCUUACUAACGUAUUAAAGUACUCAAACGUAAACUCCUUAAACUUUAAGCCUUUGGCUCCCAAACAGUUAAUAUGGGCACGUCAGUUAGGCACUGAGAUGUGGUCCAAGAUCAACAGAAGAACAGGCGUGCGAGAGUGGGAUACGCCCGCGUAAGAAGGACACGCGUGCAAGAACGCGAUACACGGGUAUGAGCGGGAUACGCAUUCGGGAGCGGAAUAUACGUGCGGAAGCGGGAUACGCGUAUGGAAGCUGGAUGCGCAUUUUGGAGCGGAAUACCCCCUGCGGGAGCGGGAUGGGCCUACGAAAGUGGGAUAGCGUGCGAGAGUAGAACACGCGUUCGGAUGGAGGGCACGCGUGCAGGAUUAAAACAUGCGUGCUCAAGUAGGAGCAUAAAAAUUUACUGAGUAGUUGCUCUUAACUCAUUUUCUCGAUUCCAGUUUCACUUCCAAAGCUGAUUGACUUUGAUUGGCGUGUGGAUGUAAAAACAUCGUCGAACGCUAUUGGUAGAAUGUCUAUGCCGACAUGUAUCAUGCAACUACAGGUCAGUGCAACAUGCUACUUAUUUCAUGAUAAACUGGGCAAAAAUGUUUAGCGUACAUACGGAAUUUUAUUCUUGUUUGCGAUUGUUUUCAAGGUUCAAGAAAACGCCAAGGAGCAGAACGCCAUGCCUGCGGUACGCCGCCUGAACGUAGAGCUAACAAAAGAAAAGCUGGACACCAUGUUAGAUGGACUUGGUAAAAUCAGAGAUCAACUCUCCUCGGUGGCUAAAUAGUUACGAUUGAUU